AUGACGGCCGGACUCAAGACAAUUAUCGCACUCUCCUUUGUGCUCGCCAUUGGAUUUCUUCUGGUUAUCCUUUCCUCUGCCCUGUGGCACAACUUUCUGCCGUUACUCGUCGUUGCGACCUACGUUAUUGCGCCGCUGCCGAACUGGAUCUGUUCACGAUGCGCCAAUCCUGAUGACUUUAUGGACAGCUCGGGCAACGCCGCUGCGGAUUUCGGUCGUUUCUUGACGGGUUUCUUGGUUCUGAUGGGUAUUGCCCUCCCAGCUGUGCUGGCGCAUAGUGGUGCGAUCGAAAUUCCCGCUAUGGUCAUGUCCAUCCUCGGCGGUCUCUUGAUCUAUGGAACGAUUAUUAGUUUCUCGAUGUUUUUCAAGGAGCAGGAGGAGUUUUAA